GAGAGAGAGAGAGAGAGAGAGAGAGAUGUAGAGGAACGUUUAAUAUAAGGUUUGUUUUUGCCUUAUUGGAGGUAGACAAAUAUGGGGAGAGGGAAAGUGGAGCUAAAAAGAAUAGAGAAUUCAGCUAGUAGGCAAGUAACCUUCUCAAAGAGAAGAAAUGGGCUUCUAAAGAAAGCUUUCGAGCUUUCAAUUCUCUGCGAAGCUGAAGUUUCCCUCAUUAUUUUCUCUCCAACUGGAAAGUUUUACCAGUUUUCAAGUCAUGAGAUGGAGAGGAGCGUCGCUCGGUACCGGAGUGAAGUCGGUCUGCCUGGAACAAAUGACCAACGCUCUAGAUCCUUGGAGUUUUGGAGAUGUGAGAUUGAAGAGUUAAGGAGAACAAUAGAUAAAACAGAAGCCCAACUUAGGCACUUUAUUGGAGAAGAUAUAGCACCGCUGGGGUUGAAAGAGCUGAAGCAACUGGAGCGACAGUUAAAGACGGGGGUUGAACGUAUCCGCUCUAAGAAGAAACGAGUCAUCUCAGAGCACAUCAAAUUGUUGAAGAGCGAGCAAAGAGCCCUUCAAGAGGAGAAUGCUCGUCUUCAGAAAAGAUUGCAUGAGCUGCCUGAUGCCAAUGCAAGCUCGAGGAGCCCGGAACCAAAUGCAUGCAAUGCUUUUCGUCAGCAAAGGAUUUUUCUUGAGGGAUCUCACCAUUAAACAGGCGGUGAAUGGUCCUUUACAAGAAGCUAUAAUCUUCAAAAAUGAACCUCGUGUGGUGGCUGGGUUCGUGGUGAUAAUAAAUUGCCUUCCUCUUUAUUUGCAUAAAGCUUUGGAGGCUGAUGAUGCCCCCUUGGUAUUUCGGUUGUGUUCUUUCGACUUGUGGUGUAUAAAGUGUUCCCAUGAAAAAGAAAAAAAAACAAGAGAAGUCUAUAAACUAAGUGUAUAAAAUUUAACUA